AUGGCCGAGUACACCCCCUUUGGGGACCGCGCCGAGUGGGCUGAUGUGGAGCCUGUGCUUCAGGAUGAUGGUCCCAAUCCGGUGGUGCGUAUUGCAUACACUCCGCAGUUCAGCGCGCACUCGAGCUCACCGCAGAAGUCAUCGAUCUCAACCCCGAACUACACGUGCUGGCACUUUCGCCGCGCUUGCAUCGACGCCCUGGAGGCCGAUCUUCAGGCAGAGCUGGCGUUUACUGCAGAUGUUGCCCGCGAAUCGCCAAAGUGCUACCAAGUUUGGUACCACCGCCAGGCCAUCGUCGAGCGCGCAGGCUCGGCCGAUGCCGAGCUGGCGUUCACCGCAGAAAUCCUUGCCGAAGACGCCAAGAACUACCACGCCUGGUCGCACCGGCAGUGGUCCAUCAAGACUUUUGAUCUCUGGGACCACGAAGACGAGUACGUCGAGUCGCUGCUCGACCUCGACGUCCGCAACAACUCGGCUUGGAACGAGAAGUUCUUUGUGUGGACCUCCGGCGGUACCGCGCAGCCGGCCGACCUUGCUGCCUCGCUCCAGGCCCACAUCGACGCCACCAUUGCCCGCAUUCGGCGUGCACCCAACAACGAGGCUGCCUGGAACUUCCUCUAUGGUAUUCUCGAGCACGCCAUAGCGCACGGCGCCGAAGGUGCUGCUCCCGCAGCUGCAACGACAGCAGCCUCCAUCGCCGACCUCGCCGACAGCUACAUCGCCUCGGCCCCACUUCGCGCCUUUCUCGUUCGCGCCUACACUAUGCUUCUCGAGCCUGACGCCGACCGCCUCGCCGCCGCAUCGCAGCUUGCUGCCAACCUCGCCACCUCGCUGGACACGCUGCGGGCCAAGUACUGGAACUUCCGUAUCGCCCAGAUCGACGAGCAGAUCGCCGCCCUCCCAUCAGCUGCGUAG